CGAACCUUAAGCUUCAUAAAAUGGCCGAACAGAAACAGCGUACACGCUUCCGCCCAUGCAUCGACAUCCACUCUGGCGUCGUCAAACAAAUCGUUGGCGGAUCCCUCUCUACAACCACCCCCUCAAUCCUGCAAACAAACUAUGUCUCCCCAAAUCCAGCAUCAUACUACGCGUCCCUCUACCGCGAGAAGGACUUAACUGGCGCACAUGUCAUCAUGCUCGGACCCAACUGUGAAGAAGCCGCGAUGGAUGCGCUCAAGGCGUGGCCGGGAGGGUUACAAGUUGGAGGCGGUAUCAAGGGAGGAGAUGAUGGGAAUUGUGAGGAAUGGAUUGAAAGAGGUGCAGGGAAGGUUAUCGUUACGAGUUGGUUGUUCCCCGGUGGAGAGUUCUCCAUGGAGAGACUCCUCGACGUCGAACGCCGCGUCGGUAAAGAUCGCCUCGUUGUCGACGUAUCUUGCCGGAGAGAUCCUACAUCGAGUGCUGAGGAACCAAGAUGGAUCGUCGCAAUGAACAAAUGGCAGACCCUAACCUCUAUGUAUGUUACCUGCGAAACCCUCUCCCUCCUCGCCGGCCACUGUUCCGAAUUCCUCAUCCACGCCGCCGAUGUCGAAGGUCUCUGUCGCGGGAUCGACGAGGACUUGGUGCGUGCGCUCGGGGAAUGGGUCACCAUCCCGACGACUUACGCAGGCGGCGCGUACAAGAUUGAGGAUUUGGAGAGAGUGGAUGAGUUGUCAGGUGGAAAGGUGGAUUUAACCUACGGGAGUGCGUUGGAUUUGUUUGGAGGGGAUAAGGUCAAGUUUGAGAAUUGCGUCGCUUGGAAUAACCGCGCAUAGUCCCUCUACCUCGCACGAGAGAUGUAGGAUAUGGGCAACAAGGGAUAGAUGGUAGAGGGGUAUAUCAUGCAUCGUACAUCACUUGAUCUCG